AGCGCAUGCGCGCAACCGUCUCCAGUUUAUUAACGGAUUCACGAUAAUUCGAAAAAUUGAAUUUAUAUGGCAGUGGUGACACGACGGAGUGGUGUGAGCCCAUUCGCGAGAGAAGAUAGCGGUGCCUCGAGGCCUCUCCGAAAUGGCUGGACAGUCCGACGGGCGUACGAUGCGAUUAAGAUUCAAGUAUCCACGAUCGCGAUAUCGCUGACCCUCUUCAAUCUGGUGCGUCUCCCGAGAGAGGCGUUCAGAUACGGCGACCUGCAGUUCUUGAUCAUUUAUACGUUCUGGCUCAUAACACUCGGCCUGCCGAUCACGAUGCUGCAGUUGACGAUGGGACAACUCAGCCAACAGGAUCCCGUUGGUGUUUGGAGAGCAGUUCCUAUUCUUAGAGGUAUCGGACAUUUGAAGAUAUUGACUUCAUACUUAUGCUGCGUGUACGGUAUGAUCUACGCUGCGCUCGCUUUUGCCUAUUUAAUAUGGAUCGCAAAGGGUUCGAUUCCACUAAAGGAUUGCAUCAAACUUCAUAUCACACCGUAUGGCUAUGAAAAUAAAAUGAAUGCGUCGGAAUGUUUUAAUUCAACAUUUUUGGCGCCAUUCACUGAACACCCGCAGUAUCUCGGCGUAAUGGCUAUUUUAAUAUUCGUUUUAUGGUUCUUUGUACCCAUUAUGUUGUACAGACUAAGGAAAUCAUUAACGAUAUCAUUCCUUACCAUAAGUCCAAUGAUCUUGAUCAUCGCUAUAGCGCUAGCUUCAUUUCUCUCGGAGAAUGGAAGUUUGUAUUCUUUAAUGGAAUACUGCGAGAAUUGGAAGGCGAUGUCAGAGCCGUACAUUUGGCACAGUGCGUUGGUACAAGCGUUGCUGUCAACGCAAAUCGUUAGCGGAUAUCUGAUAAGUGCUGGUGGGACGGUCUACUCAUUUUCUGAUGUCAGAUGGGUGUCAACAUUUGUAAUAAUUUCAAACACACUCUCAGGAUGGUUGUGGGUGUUGUUUUGGGAGUUCAUCAGUGGCAGCAGUAAGAAGGAUCUGGGGAUUAUAACAAUAUUAGUGCUAAUCUAUCAGUCUUCGGUAUCGGAGCGAAGAGCAAAGGAAUGGCCGAUUUUAGCAUUCGCUUUAGUUCUGCUAUCCGGUGUUAUUAGUGUGCUAACACUUCUUUUUCCCGUGUACGACAAACUUCAUCGCCUAACCGGCGACCAAUGGCGGUUGUACGCCUCUGCAACGUCAGCAGUUGGAACAGCUCUCACCGUCGCAGUACUGGCCAGCGGACUAGACACAGUGGCGCUGUUAGAUGAAAUGGUGGUGCCAGUGUUAGCCGUAUUUACAGCCACUAUCGAAGUGGUGGGAUUCGUAUAUUUAUACGGUUGGUUCUAUCUCACUAUAGACGUCCAGUUUGUCACCGGGACUAGAUUAUCAAGUUAUUGGAUAAUUGUGUGGUGGUUAAUUCCGUUCGUACUCCUGGGGGUCACGGGGUGGUGGCUGCGAGCGUCGCUGCGCUCAUCCUGGGCCCAUGGUCCAGUGCUAUGGCCUGUUGUCGGGAUACUAAUUACAAUUGUCGUCAUCAUUGUAAUAUUUGCUGCUAUAACUGUGGCAAAAGAGGAACAAUUUAAUUUGAUUACGAAAAUAGCAUCAGCAUUCAGGCCUUCCCGUUUAUGGGGACCUGAGGAACCGAUGGCACGAUAUCUGUGGAUGUCACAACGAUAUUCAAGCGAACAUAGCACCGAAGUUGAAACCGCAUCCGAACGUAAUAAUUAUUCACACUUGAAAAGUAAAACUUACCAACAGAACUGGCUGACAUCAGAAUUAUACCAAAGAUCACCUGAUUUUGUAACCAAAAAUGAUAAAAUAGAUAGCAAAAAGAAUAUGGGACCUAAAUAUCAGAUUCAUGAUAGAUUAAAAGACAACGACAGAGAAAGUAUUGAAAAGUUUCGAUCGCCUAAUGUUUGUAUCGCAACAGAUCAACUCGGCGGACAAAGUAAAUGCACUUGCAACAGACAUUUCACGUUAAAUGUACCCGAUUUAAGGAACACUGAAGUGUCGACUAGUCUAUAAAAAUAUAUAAUAUACGUACAACGAAUGUUCCGUCUAGUCGACUAAUUUAUUGUUAUGAUAUUUUAAAAUAGUACCAGAGAGAGCAUCUAUGUGUAAAAAAAGAAAUACACGUAACAGAUAGUUACAGAGUAUGAAGAUUGAAUCAUAUAAUAUUUUUUUUGUACUGUAUAUACUAUACGUAUAUCAUUCGAAGUAAAUGAUAAAAGUAAAUAAAGCUACAUAUUUGGAAAAGAUAAAGGAAAGCCAAUUUUCAAAAACGCUCAUUGACGCUUGUGACACGGAACUGCAGACACGUUGCUGAUCUUAAAAGGAGCACAUCCGCACGUUACGAUAAGCAAAAGUGCAA